AACUUCGACUCUCCUGCUUGACGGCCGAGGACCCCGGUCUCCGCGCUACCUAGCCAGCCUGCUCCCCGAUGCUGCGCGCCCUGCCCCGCGUGCUGCGCCUCUCGCGCCCCUGGAGUUCCCUGGGGGCCCGCGGCUGCGCCUCCAACGCGACGACCAGGACACCCGAGAUCCAAGUGCAGGCGCUGACUGGUCCGGACCAAGGAAUCACUGAAAUUCUGAUGAACAGACCUCAUGCCCGAAAUGCCCUGGGGAACAUCUUCGUCAGUGAGCUGCUGGAAGCUCUGGCCCAGCUUCGGGAAAACCAGCAAGUCCGCGUCCUGAUCUUCCGAAGUGGAGUGAAGGGUGUGUUCUGUGCAGGUGCAGACCUGAAGGAACGGGAGCGGAUGACUGCUGAGGAGGUGGGGUUCUUUGUCCAGCGGCUCCGAGGUCUGAUGAGUGAGAUUGCUGCCUUCCCUGCACCCACUAUUGCAGCCAUGGACGGCUUUGCCUUGGGCGGGGGCCUGGAACUGGCCCUGGCCUGUGACCUCCGAAUAGCAGCUUCCUCAGCUGUCAUGGGGCUAAUUGAGACCACCCGAGGACUUCUCCCAGGAGCAGGGGGGACUCAGAGGCUGCCCCGCUGCCUGGGCGUGGCCCUAGCAAAGGAGCUCAUCUUCACAGGCCGGAGACUGGAUGGGAUGCAGGCCCAUCAGCUGGGCCUGGUAAAUCACGCUGUGGCGCAGAAUGAUGAGGGUAAUGCUGCCUACCACCGGGCACUGGCACUGGCUCAGGAGAUCCUGCCCCAGGCUCCCAUUGCUGUGCGACUGGGCAAAGUUGCCAUCGACCGAGGAAUGGAGGUGGACAUUGCAUCAGGGAUGGCCAUUGAACACAUGUGCUAUGCCCAGAACAUCCCAACCCAGGACCGGCUGGAAGGGAUGGCAGCCUUCAGGGAGAAACGACCCCCAAAAUUUGUUGGCAAGUGAUCCAGUUAAUUUUAAACGCACACUAUAAAAGAACAGGAUGCAGAGGAAAAGUCUGCAGGCUAGCCCUCUUAAGCCCUCAGUUUCUUCACAAGAACAAUGACAGACACUGUGACUGGCGCUGACCAUGCCGCCCACUGCCACCUUCCACAUUGCUCUCACCUUGGCUAGUCAGUGGGACCCAGGCCUUCCUGGUUCCCUUCACUCAAAGAAGCUUUGGGUUUGUGUCAUGGGCUCUGAUCGUCAUUGAACAGUGAGAAGGAAGUCACAGAACAAAUCCAUCCAGGUUUAUCUGAGCAAGUGUCAGGAGCCAGUUCAGAGAUCCCAGCUCUCUGCAGAUAACCCGGUGGAAAUUCUGGACAAACCAUUUAACUUCUCUAGAAUUCGGCUUUUUUAUCUGGAAAUAAUCAGUUGCGAUGACUUAAAAUCCCUAUGUUCAAUAAACAUGCUACAGCCAUUGGCUUGUUCUGAAACUGUGGGGACCUUUUGCAGACAGCAGACGGGCAGGAGCACUGACAAAGGUUAGCAGCCCUGAAAGACGGGAUGGGGAUUCGGGCGGUGCCUGGAGGACGAGUGGUUUGAACUGGCACGAGCAGAGGUGAGCUGAAAGGUGCCGUACUUGAAAAAUAAAGGGGAUACAGGGCCAGCUCCACCCAGGCCCCUGCGUACCUAAAUGCCCGCCUCCUCUCCUCUUCUACUAAGGCUGCCAAGCUGAUCUCUGGCUGAUCAUCCUCAGCACAAGCUUGCCCUGGAGCCACAGCAGCAUGUCUUGCAGAACACACCAGCCUAAACAAAUACCAAGCUAUGUCUGCAUCCCAGAAGGGAGAAAACCACGGAUUCAGGGCCUUAGCAUCAGCCCACCCUCACCAUCUUCCUGAUCUAGAAGACUACUGGAAAAGAAACCAAAUUUGAAGGGGUGCCUGAUAGGGAGCUGGACAACACACCUUGCACACCUUCCCACUAGCAGAGGUCAGUUCCCAGGAACACAAUGUUCCUAGGUACCAGAACCUAGGCUCAGAAUCUAAACCUUUUUUUUUUUUUUU